AUCUAGUGGACGCAGACAAAAACUAUACUCUCGCAAAUGGCUUUUAGCGGCGAAUACGAUCACAAACACCAGAACACAAUCUCUGAGCUGAAAGCUGGUGGUUUGGCCUCCACUAACGCCCGUCAGAAAGAGCAUGAUGAACUGGAGGCUGAGCUUUAUAAGACAACGGAGGCCACCAAGGUUGACAUCCAGAACCUCGACAUUACCAAUCGUGUCAGGGAACUUAAACUGAAACACGAGAAAGAAAUGACUACAGCCAAGGACAACUGGGAGAGACUAAUAAUAAUCACCAACUGAUUAGACACCAAAGCCCAAACUGUAGAAAAGAUGCAGUUGGAGCGACAGCAACUGGAGCACUUAGAGAUGAAUACAACCAAUGAGCACAAACUGCAGGGUGAGCUUCAUGAGUGAGCUCACAGAAUAUCACAAAGACACCAUCGGUGCCAUUAUAAAAGCUUCUGCCAACAUGUCAGUCGAUAUGAAGAUGGCAGGUGACUUGAAAGAAAAAAUAGAAGCACUGCAGCAUAGAUUGACGAAGGUGAGGCAGGAGUGGUGCUCUGUUCAGCAGAAAAAGUGUGACCUCACUAAGCUUGUUUCAAAACUGGAAGGAAAAAUUGCUAAUAGACAUGUGACGGAAAAAUCCUUCUCAAAGAAAACAAUAAUACCCAAAAGAAAAGCCCCUGGAAAACUUGAAAGCUGAUCAUGAGGUGAUGGAACAGAAAUUCAGCAAGCUUCAGCUGGAAUGGGACGAACCCUGAGAAGAUCCAAAGCGUUCAGGACAAAGGUUAUCGGGCAAACAGGCUGCUGGAGGUCCAGCUGCAGACCCUGAAAGACCACCAGGAGGAGGUCCAGGCUCAGCUCCACUCUGUGCUCUCAGUCCCCAACAUGGACCACACCGCCCUCGCUGAGGUCGCACACAAAGCUAAGCUGGCCAGCAGCUGUUGGCAGAAAAAGCUCUUCGUCAGAAAAAGCUCUAGUCUGCACCUGAGAGACCAUCGUGUUCAAGAUGAACAGAAACGGUGUCCUCUCCGAUGUUUCAGAACCUGUAAGUAAGGUCGAAAAAUACUGUGAUGAUCAGAAUCUGAGUUGCUUUUUCUGCGGGUCGGAAUUUGCAACAGGAGGACUUCUGACAAGACACAUAUCUGACCAUACAGGAGAGAAGCUGCUCACAUGUGUCGUUUGUAAGAAAACAUUCAGUUUGGAGUCAGAGCUUGUUAUUCACGUGUGUGGUGGAGAAUCCUCUCAGCAUCAUCAAAGCCAAACCGAGGAACCGAUUCCUGCCUCCAAACAGUUCAGCUGCUCUCAAUGUGAGGAAGGAUUUUCCAGAUCUGAAGACUUAAAUCUUCAUCUCAAGUUGCACACAAGAGAGAGCCUGUUCCGUUGUUCAGUUUGUAAGGCCUGCUGCAGUGACAAAGACUCGUUAAUUCAGCACAUGAGGAUCCACACGAGGCAAACGCGGUUCAUCUGCCACGUUUGUGAAAAAGACUUCACGUGGAGAAGGCACCUGACGAAACAUAUGGAAGUCCACAAGAAAAGGAAAAAAGUGUUCCGCUGCAGAGCUUGUGGUGCUGAAUUUUGCACGUAUUAUCUGUUGUCGAAACAUAAAGCUGUUCAUCGGUUAUCAGAGAGUCCGCACAUCCAGACUGAAGAGAACAGGGAGGAACAGGAACAGAUGGAAACAGCAGCUGAUGGAGAAGACUUCGGAAGACCAGAGAACUUAAAUACAGACCCGCAAACACAACAGGAAACUAACGUGGAGGCUUUACUAUCCUUAAAAAAUAAAGAGGAUGAGUUUUGGAAACAAACCAGAGAAACUGAGUCAAAUUUACCAUCUGUGAGACAUAAUGAAGUCUCUCAGAGUGACACAAAGACAGACUUGCAGCCUUUUACAUUAAAGGAGGAUCUGAGUCAACACACAGUGUUUGAUCCAGAGAUACAGAAGGAGGUGAAGCAGGAAGAUCCAGAGCCUCCACAGAUAAAAGAGGAAGAGGAGGAAGCUGAGAUCACCAACCUCACAUUCAGUCCUGUCCCUUUAAAGACUGAAGAAGACGAGAAGCCUCAGUUAUCGCAGCUUCAUCACAGUCAAACGGAGCAGAGCAAUGAGUUUUUGGGAGAACCAGAAGAAAAUGAGAAGACGUCAGCGCUCUCUGACCCAGAGAUUGAUGACAGCGACUUAUGGAAACCAAAACUUGAGUCAGGUUCAAACUCUGAAAGUGAUUCUGGCAGAAAUCUAUCCAGCUGUUCUGAUAACAAGGUGACCGAGUCGCUGCAGCCAGAAAGUGACGAUAGUGUCGACAGUGACUUUUUUAAAGACUACAAAAAACCACAGUCAAACUUAAACUCACUCCGACAAGAAACCACAGAGAAAGGAGCAAAAUAUAUUUCAGAUUUGAAACCAUACAGCUGUGCUCAGUGUAGUAAAGCAUUCCGCUUCAGUGUCUAUUUGAAAUCUCACAUGAAACAGCACACAAACCGGUACAUUUGUUCUGUUUGUGGUCAUAGAUCACACAACAAAUCAAAUCUGAAGGUCCACCUGAGAACCCACACAGGAGAGAAACCGUUCGGCUGCUCGGUUUGCAGUAAAACGUUCACAAACAAGGCGAGCAUGCUGUCUCACAUGACUGUCCAUGACACAGAAAAGAAGUACAGCUGUGACGAGUGUAAGAAAACCUUCGCAUGGUUUACAGAGCUGAAGUACCACCAGUGUGUCAGUGAGUCCUCAGGUGAACGGACAUACGGGGACGAUUCAGGUAUAAAUCUGAAACGACACAUUUUGUACAAUGUAACGAAAUGAAAUGCUUUAUCUGCGCAAGAUUUGGUGAAAAAGGUGUUUACUUUGAAUUGUCGUGCAUGAAAAUAUGGAAAAAGUUUAACCUUUGUGUUUCUACUAUAAAUAAGAAAAUAAAACCUAAACCAUGAAACUUA